AAUAUUUUAUAAUCUGUCAGCAGAUCAAUUAAUCACUCCCCUCAAUUUUGUUUAUGGCUAGCCCUACCCAUUAUUUUAGGUGGGUUGUGUCAUAAUGAAUAAAAUUUAUGAGUCUAAUUGUUUAUUUAUAUAUUUUGGUAGCAAUAAUUCAUCAAGGAGCAUGCAUUCACUUCAACAUUUCGGAUUUGAAAUUGUUGCUACAUGAAAAUGAAGAGGACCAGGCAGAUAACAAUGGUGUAUUCAUCAGUGACUUGAUCGCCUCCAGUCUACCCGUGUCAGCAACCCGGUUCCGCAGAUCCGUAGACGCGUCCAGUGUCCGUCUGGUGGAUGGAAGACUGACCAUCUCGCAGGGAGUAGACUGGGAUGAUGAUCUUCUGUACCCAAACACCACGGUAUACAGCACCAUGCAAGAACAGGUCAAACGACUGUUAGAUGUAAUAUUUGCCUCAAGUAACCUGGGACAUAUAUAUUCUGGAUCUAUCAUCAACAACUUCAGUGAAGGAAGUGUAAAAGUGGACUUCACCGUUGUACUGAAAGAUCCUAAAGACAACUCCACCAAUACCAGCAUCUCCGACAUCGACAGUGACUUCUUGACUGCGGCUUUUCUUGCGGCUCUCAGUGGGGUCGAGUCGAACUUCACACUGGAACUGAACGAGACACAUUUUUAUGAGACCAAUAAGAACAGUUCCCUCAUUAUCCCAGACACAUCUACCAAUGAUCCGAGCGAUACAUCACAAAUAAACUUGGUGCAGUCUGGAAUUGUACAGAUCAGCAGCGAUACAUCCAUACAGCAAGAACAUGCAGCUACCACAAUGACAUCAGAAUCUGUGACACUUUAUGCCACAUUGUUGUUACAAUCAGCUACCACAAUGGCAUCAGAAUCCUUGACAGAUGAUACCACAUUGUUGUUAUCAUCAGCUACCACAACAGCAUCAGAAUCAUUGGCACAUGAUACCACGUUUUUGUCAUCAGAUACCAUGGCAACAUCAGAAUCACUGACACAUGAUACCACAUUGUUGUUGUUAUCAUCAGCUACCACAACGGCAUCAGAAUCACUGACACGUGAUACCACGUUGUUAUCAUCAGCUACCAUGACAGUAUCAGAAUCACUAACACAUGAUACCACAUUGUUGUUAUCAUCAGAAUCCUUCACACUUGAUACCACAUUGUUGUUAUCAUCAGAAUCCUUGACACAUGAUACCACAUUGUUGUUCCCAUCAGCUACCACGACGGCAUCAGAAUCCUUGACACAUGAUACCACGUUGUUGUUAUCAUCAGCUGCCACGACGGCAUCAGAAUCCUUGACACAUGAUACCACAUUGUUGUUAUCAUCAGCUGCCACAACGCUGCCACAACAGCAUCAGAAGCCUUGA